AUGGCUGCGGCGGCAAAGAGGCUUGUUUUGAUUACCGGCGCUAGCGGUGGUAUUGGUUUUGAGCUUGCAGCUCAGCUCCUGGCAAAGGGCACAUAUUAUGUUUUCAUGGGAGCUCGAUCAAUCGAAAAAGGAAACGCUGCUCUACAACAGCUGCGUGCUCGCAACUUGCCUGACAGUGUAGAGAUGGUCUUGCUCGAUGUCACCAAGGACGAAACCAUUGAGGCGGCUGCUGCCAAGGUUCGCAAGGAAUUUGGGAAAUUGGAUAUCCUCGUCAACAACGCAGCCGUGGCGCCAAUGGAAGGCGGCACAUUGCGUGAAUACAUGCGUACCUCAUUCGAUACCAAUGCUACUGGGCCUCUGAUGGUCGCUAAUGCCUUUGCACCCCUCCUGAAGGACUCAACAGAUUCGCCUAGAAUUGUGAACAUUACUAGUGGAGCAGGCUCUAUCACUUCUCGUCUCAAUAAAAAUUCGCCUACCUAUAGACUCCAGGGUCACCAGUACCGAGCCAGCAAGUCUGCUCUCAACAUGAUUACUGCUUGCCAAUAUGUCGAGUACGAACCUGAUGGGAUUACGGUCUUGCUUUAUGACCCUGGUCAUACAGUCUCAAACCUCGGCCCUUUCAACAAGGCUGAAUUUGGUGCCAGGGCACCGGCCGAUUCAGUCAUGCCUUUGAUUGAUGUCAUAGAGGGAAAACGUGAUGAUGAAGCGCCUAAGAUACUGCACAACACCGGCAUGUAUGAAUGGUAG